UCCAAAUCAUCCUGUUGACAUUGAGUAUAUUGUGUUUUAUUAAAAACACAUCAAUCAACCAGUAAUGGAAAAAAUAUUUAACAAAUAUUUAAUAAAAGUAUUUAAAAAGUUAUUUAAAAGUGCCUAAUAGUUUUUUUAAGAUAAAAGUUUAAAGGUUUACUUUCAGGAAGUGGUCACUUAAAGUGUUUAUACUCACAAAAUAAAAUGUGAACGUUGUCGUAAAUUAUACUGCGAUGGUCAGUGCCUCUGUUUAUGAUACACAAAAUGAUUUGAACAUUGAAAAAGCAUAGAACAAAGGUGACCCAUCAAUAUCCGUUAAAUAUUUUUGUUUAUGUGCUCUUUGAUUUCAAGAUAAAUUUGCCAAAAACAAGACCUUUUCCGGCAGAGGGAACUUGGGGGAAGAAGUCCAGUACAAAACAUUGCAUGAUAGUCUUUAAGCAGUUCCAUCUGUCCAGCAGAAUUUCAGGCUAAUAGCCUGUGGCGCAUCUGUCCGUACCCCUAACUCCCGCAACCUGACUCUGUCCUAUUAAAUCUCUCCACUCCUCCAAAAAAAGGAGAAAAAGAAGAUCUCAAGCAGACCUAAGUCAAUGGAAACAUGAUGGUGAUGAUGGUGGCGCUGAUGAAGCGCGAACCCUAAUUAAGGAGAAAAAAGGACCUCAGGCACUUAGUGAUGUGGAAAAAAAGGGCUCACCAUUGUGGAGUAUUUUUUAAGGACAGCUCACUCUGUGAGCAGAUGACUGCCGCUCACCUUGCCACGGGGUCUGCGUGAGAUUGGUUCAUUGUCAAGGCUUUUUUUUUUUUACCCAUGAUUCCAUAUGGUAUGGAGUGGGCUACAUGUUGCCCAACAUGCCAGUGCAAAUGUUUUCUCAAUUAGGUGUCUUAUCUCCGGUGAGUGCACUAGCAUCAGAUGAAGCUUGCUGACAGCGUAAUGGCAGCUAAAACCUCGGAAGGCUCCAUCAAAUGGCAGCUCUGCUACGACAUCUCGGCCAGGACUUGGUGGAUGGAUGAAUUCCAUCCUUUCAUUGAAGCACUGCUGCCCCAUGUGAGAGCGUUCGCCUACACUUGGUUCAACUUGCAGGCCCGCAAGAGAAAAUACUUCAAGAAGCACGAGAAGCGCAUGUCUAAAGAAGAGGAGCGAGCCGUGAAGGACGAACUGCUCAGCGAGAAGCCAGAGGUCAAGCAAAAGUGGGCAUCGCGGCUGCUUGCCAAACUCCGCAAGGACAUCCGGCCCGAGUUCCGCGAGGAUUUUGUGCUCACCGUCACCGGGAAGAAGCCCCCUUGUUGUGUGCUCUCUAACCCCGACCAGAAGGGCAAGAUGAGGAGGAUCGACUGCCUGCGCCAGGCGGACAAAGUGUGGCGCUUGGACCUGGUCAUGGUGAUUUUAUUCAAAGGUAUUCCGCUUGAAAGUACUGACGGCGAAAGGCUGGUUAAAUCUCCGCAGUGCUCGAACCCAGGGCUGUGCGUGCAGCCGCAUCACAUAGGAGUUUCUGUAAAGGAACUCGACCUGUACUUGGCCUACUUUGUGCAUGCAGAAGCAGGGCAGUCUGAAAGUCCGAACCAGCCCAGUGAAGGUGACAUCAAAGACCAGCCGGAAAAUGGACACCUCGGCUUCCAGGACAGUUUCGUCACAUCAGGUGUCUUUACCGUCUCUGAGCUUGUGCGAGUCUCACAGACACCCAUUGCAGCAGGGACAGGGCCCAACUUCUCAUUGGCAGACUUGGACAGCUCUUCCUACUACAGUAUGAGCCCCGGGGCCAUGAGGCGCCCCCUACCCAGCACUUCUUCUAGCAGUUCUGCAAAGCGCAUUAAAUGCAUGGAGGAUGAUGUGGACAGCCCGGGAGAGGACUCCUACUACCCAGGUCAGGGACGCUCGCCUGGCAGCGGCAGCCAAGCCAGCAGCUGGCAUGAAGUGGAGCCAGCUGGAUAUAAACUGCGUGGCACGCUAGCUAGUUCGUUCAUCUCAAGACAAGGGAUGCCAUCGCCUACCACAUUAAAGAAGUCAGAGAAGUCUGGUUUCAGCAGCCCCGUGCCUACGCAGAUCUCUUCCCCCCGAACGGCAUUCACACACCAUCAUCGACCUGUCAUUACAGGACCCAGAGCGAGUCCUCACGCCACACCGUCAAGUCUUCAUUUCCCGACGUCGCCAAUCAUCCAGCAGCCCGGCUCCUACUUCUCCCACCACGCCAUCCGCUACCACCCCCAGGAGACGCUCAAGGAGUUUGUCCAACUUGUCUGCCCUGACAGUGGUCAGCAAGCUGGACAGGUGGGCUUCCUUAAUCCUAACGGGAGCAGUCAAGGGAAGGUGCACAACCCGUUCCUGCCCACCCCCAUGCUACCCCCUCCUCCGCCUCCCCCCAUGGCGCGACCCGUGCCCUUGCCUGUGCCAGACUCCAAACCUCCCUCCACCUCCACCGAGGGAGGGGGCAACUCCCCCACCUCGCCAACCUAUUCCACACCGAGCACGUCUCCCGCUCAGCGCUUUGUCAGCGUGGGCCCCAGAGACCCCAGCUUUGUAAAUAUCCCUCAGCAGCCUCAGUGGUACCUGGGCUAAAGACUCCCGACAUGGACCUUGAACACCCUAUCUGUCUCCCCUGAGAACGACCCGCAAACAUGAACACCAGUCUGGUGUUCAUACUUGCUGCCCCAAUACCGGACAGACCCACAGCAUGGCUCCAGCAGAACCCCGCCCAAGCCCUGGAACAAGAGGAAUCAAUUCAACUCGCUUACACCCAUUUACUAUAUAUCUAUAUAGUCCAUAUGUAUUCUUCUAUAUGUAUGGUUUAUAUGCCUAUAUUCAUAUAUAGUAGUUGUCCAGCUCUUCUGAGGGUGGAGCUCGAAAAAGGAGAGCUUCAGUUUCUUUGAAAACAUGCAAGACUUUUGUCAAUUUUUUUAUUGUUUCGUUUUGUUUCGUUGUUGUUGUUGUUGUUUUUUUAUUUUUAUUUUUUUUGGUUCACCCUUACAGACUGACAAGGAAAACAUAACAUGACGCAAUCUAAGAUCUUCCCUCAUCUUGUGCCUGAGGCCGGUCUUGAAGAGAAAUCAGAGGCAUCGUGAGCCAAUUAAUUUCUUCCAAAUUUCAAAUUUGCCACUGUCUACAGCCAAGGGGUGCGAACCCACUACCAUCUCUAAGUCGGAGCUCUGCCUUACCCUUACUUGCAUUUUGAUGGAUCUAUUUGGUUUCGUAUUGGUGAAUGUUGGUGGUUGGCAGGCUUGGAGGUUUUACCUUGGUCAGAUACCACCAGCUAAAAUCUCUUCAUUGCGUUUUCUGACCAGGACCAUUUCCUCCACUUUCCUCCACCAUCACCACCACCAUCAACUCAACUUCAAGGACUCAACAAGACACCAUCAAACCCCCUUUUCCCAUUCCUUUUGUUGUUUUUGUCAUCAUGGGGCAGGCAAUGAAGAGAUCAUGAAUAGUGAUGUUUGAUAUCAAUCAGGUCAUUUACGGUAUGCUAACGGGAGAUUUCUUUCAGAGACAUCUCCCCUCUUGGAGACAUGUUCAUAUUUUGUGUUUUCGUACAAAGUCAUUUCAGUUCUUUCUUCUAAAACCCCAGCUAAAGGUAUGUCGCACACAACUGAGAAUACAAAAGGGUCGAGUGAAGGUUUGAGCUUCCAUACACUGACAGGAAAACAAUGAUCAAGAUUAACCGUGAAUAUUGAAUUGAGGAAAGUGCAAUUUUGUUGGACAGAUGUUGGAUUGUUUAAUAUCUUUGUAAGAUAGAUCGUUGAAGUGAUUGUUGAAAAGUAUAUAUAUAUAUAUAUAUAUAUAUAUAUAUAUAUAUAUAUAUAUAUAUAUAUAUAUAUAUAUAUAAAUAUAUAUUUUUCUUCUAGUCCGUACACACCUCCAGGACUCUAAAAUAUUGGGGUACAAAAAAAAACAUAAAAAGAAACAGAACAAAUAGCCUUGUGAGAAAUAAUGGGAGCUGUAACUGCUUUUUAUGUUAUUUUUUAAUGUGUUUGAUUGUUUGUUCAUCUUGUAAAUUUGUUAGUGUUGUAGAACAAAUAUCCCUUUAAGAAAUUCCGCCAUUUAAACAAUCAGUUUCUGGACGCUUUGGUAGUUCAUUUCCAAAACGCUAAGGUAAUUAACUUAUUUUAAUGAAGCACAUAAUGUAAUGGGAAAAAUUGCUGUUGUAAUUUCUUGCAGAGCAAUUUCAGGAUCAUAAAACGAACGCAAAACGCAAGAACUUGUACCUGAAAAUGUUGUUAAAGAUUUGGUUUCCCUACAGCUAAUGGAAACCUGUUCGUAUGCCUUUUUCAGGCAAAAGCACUUCUGCUUGUCGUACAUGAUUGCAGGUUGUCAAUACUGGGGGUAAAAUAUUCAAUGUACAGCAAGGACUUCCUCACCAGCACUUCUGAAAGUGUUGCGCAAAAAUGUGAAGAUUACUAAACAAUGCAUUUCUUCAGUUCCCUCGCAUGCAUUUUAAAGAAUUUUUUUUUUUUUUUUUUUUUUGCAUUUUAACAGUUUUUUUUAUUUGAUUUUCCAUUUUAAUGUUUGUUUCCUAUAAAGAAACAUAUAUACAGUAUAUAUAUAUAUAUAUAUACACUUACAGCCUCAUCCACCGUCGAUCAAAGCUCAGUAAAGUUGAAAAGAAAAUAAUCUGCAUGUUCUAGUGUUAGUGACAAAUUUUUACAUAGAUUAUGUAGAGCAAAGUAGUGUAAAAAAAAUAAAAAAAUAUUGUAAUCCCAACAUCAGGCACUUGCCGAUAAAGUAUUUGUUUGGUCCCUUGCAAAAGGGUAUUUUUACUGCUGUUCUCAGAGUCAACCAGCUAAACAUCUCUCUGACUCUUCUUAGCUUGUCAUCAUUUCUAUAACAAUUCCCUCCCUUCUUUAUUCCCUUCAGAACAAUCAUUUUCUGAAUGUUUGCAAAGUACGUAUUUCAUUUUCCCUUCUCAAACUGCACGAAAAAAUUGUUCCACAUCAAUGUGCCUUGAGCGAUGAUCUAGUUCACAAAUUGCACAAGCUGCAAUGUGGGGAAUUUUUUUUUUUCCCUUUUCAAACCACCUUCCAUUGUGCAGUAACUUGGAGAGAGUGGGCCUUAUUGAAACAUGAAUUCAUUUGUAAAUCAAUUCUUGCGUAUAUUGUCACAUUCAGUUUAAUGAGACUAUUUGCGGAAGAAUCGAUUCAUGAACGAUUUACGCACAAAUUCGCUCUGCUAAUAAUUAAUGCUAAUAACAUGGCAUUUGCUAAAGCUAAUACACAUUAUUACUCUCUGCCAUUUUACUACAUCACACGACUAUUCAUCAGUCCUCAGAGUAUUUCAACGCAAUAUCCGAUGCUGUGUCUGUACAGGACCUUAAAAUCAGAUCUUUACCACGUCAAUCAGCCGAAAGUCAAUCAUUUGCAAGUAGUUGUACAGAAAAUAUGGAGAUUCUUUGUGUCAACUUUAAACUUAAAUCAUCAUGCCCUUACGUUCCUCAUAUUGUUGAUUUAACACUAGUGUUUUGAUAUUUAUGGAUGUUGCUGCAAUUUCUAAAUGAAGACUACUUCAUUUUCUUUUCAGUCUUCCUGUUAUUUUUCGUUCCCAGAUGAAUAAUGUGGAAAAUAAUUGAUAUGCAAUACUUGCUUGCACUCAUGUAGACAUUCACUAGUCAUUUUUUAUUUAAAUUUUAUACCUUUUUUUUUUUUUUUAAUCAAAGUGAGUGUUGCACUUGGAAGGUUGAGUGGCUGAACGUCAGUGUUUAUCAUACCCAUCAAAACAUGACAUUUAUGAAGUCCACAUCAGCCUCGCUUGGGUAUUCUGCUUUCUUUGUUUAUUUUAUUUGUAUUUUUUCGGUCAUAAGCGAGCCUUAAAACAAGGAAACUUACUUUCCAUCACCAACACCAAGUUUUUAAAAGCAAAAACGUCCAGGACAAAAAAACGAAAUAAAUAUGCCCACGUUUUAUGUGCAUUUUGACAAAGUUCCAUGUUGUAUUAUAUGUUUACCUGUUUUUUUUUUCUGUUUUUUUUUUUCUAUUGCAUAUAUCAUUUAAGAAAGAAAAACAAAUAUGGGGAAAACCUUCCCCUGAUGUGAUGGUUUAGUAGUUAAACUUGUGUGGGUUGUAUUUUUGUUUUAGUGUGACAUUUUGUUUUGUCAUUGUUCUUGCCUACCCUUUAGAAAUGAGUUGGGCAUUACUUUCUUAAUUGUCUGCACUAAAUAUAAAACAAUGACAAUUGUGAUAAUUGAAAGAAAAACGUUAAAAAACACACAAAAAAAGAAGCUUCUAGUGCUUAAAAGAGCGAAGGGAAACAUGAUUGCAUGGAUAUUUUUUUGUCACAAAACCUUGUUUUCGAGCAGCCUGGCAUCUAAUCAGCGUGAUUGGCUGUAUGUGUGUAAGAUAAUGACAAAAUUGCACCCUUUUUAAAGAAAGAAAAAAAAAGAGAAAAAGAGUUUAGAAGCAAUAGUUUGGGCAGUCUGUUUUUGUUCUUGUGUUGUGUGUGUAAUUUAGUUUUUUGGUACAAAGUGGAGAAGACGUGGGAGAAGCGAACAAAUCGAAACGAUUAUAUUAAGAGAGUUCGGGCGGACGCACCUGAGUAUGGGAGAUUUGAUGUUUGUAAAUUGUAUAGUUUUAUUAAUUACACUGAUUUUAAAGCUGCCCUAUUUUAUAAUGCAGGACUUUUGUAACAUUGAUUAAAUGAGGAAAAACUAGUGUUGUGAAUUUUCUGAUUGUUUGUAUUAAGGCCACAUAAAUAGAACUGAUUUUGUUUGUCCUCUGGGGAACUGGAUUUAAGUUGAAAACUUUCCUGUUUCCUGUUUUUAUUUGACUUUUUUUGCUUUCCAUUUUGUAUGUAUUUAAGGACUUAUUUCUUCUUUUGAUGGUAUAGAGUACUCCUAUACUUGAAAAGUGUAGGAUACUGAGGUGAAAACCCCAUUGUAAAUGGAUGUUACAAGUAUGCUGUAUGUUUUGAAGGUUAUUUGUCGCAUCAGUGUUGAUGAAGCUAAAUCUAGAUAAUUCUGAGGAUGUUGGUAAGACAGCAUUUUUAUGCAUUUAAAAAAAUUAGUUUUAGGCAGAAGACAAUGACAUAGACAGCCAAAGGAUGCCCCUAUUAUAAAUGCAUCUAGGCAUCUUUUUGUGUUCACCAUUCCAUGCAGGAAAAUAAACUGCUUGAUAUGCAACAUGAUUCUUUUUCUUUUCAACAUCUUUCUCUCUCUCACCUUCCACCAGUAACGAUGCAUGAUCAGCUGGCAUCGUACCCAUAUCACCACACAAAACACACUUAGACACUUAAGUGACAUUAGCUACAGAAAGGUCAGUCACAAUAGAGCAUCAAUAAAGCCAUAACGUCUACAUGUAAAGAUUUUUCAUUCUGCUCAGACAAUUCCCCAGACCCUUUUCCGUUUAAUGUAUAAGUGAGGCCCCUGAGUCCAACCUUGCACCAUAACUCACAUGAAUAUCACUUGAUGGUGGUUUAAAAUGCUAAACUGGCAAGCUUAAAGGGGCAGGUCACUCAAAAGAUUUGUUCCGAACACAUAAAUGAAGACAGAAUUUUCAUUUUUGGUUGAACUAUCCCUUUAAGACAUACUGUUACUCCAAAAUUGAAAGGAAAUAAGAACAUUCAUCCCCUCUACCAAAUAUGCAUGUCAUAUAUAUCAAACAUAUCUUGAAUUUCCCAUUCCAUUUAUCACCUGGGACACUAGGCCAAUCAGCAAUUUGUCAUGUACAGGUUAGAUGGUCUUUCUCAGCAGACUAGGUUCUUGGGUCAGCAUCUAAUCUUGAUCAUGUAGAAUAAAAUAAAAACAAAAAAUUGUGGAAAGCAGUUUAUCAAAUUCCCAGUAGGAAAAUACCCUAAAUAUAUUUUAAAUCUUGAAUAUUGUAGAACUUAGUCCUAAUCCAAUGGUGUUUCCACUAACGAAGUAAAGAUGUUUCCCUACAUUUCCACCAUUAAUGGCCUUUUCAGUGCUAAUAAUAAUUCAAGAUAACUAAAGGAUGGAAAUGUAAAAACGCAGAUUAGCCUACACAAAAAGGAAGUACUGUAUCUGCAAGGAUCUGCAUUCCAUCCAUUGUUAUUAUCAUUCCCCCCAAAAAAAUGUAGGCCACGUCAACACAAAAACUCAGUUUUCAGUUUCCUAACGUCAUCGUUUUCCAAAAUUUGUGGUAAUGGAGAGAGUUUUCUAAACGCUCGAUUUUCGGUGGAGGAAAACACGGUUUUAGUGUGGAUAAAAGGCGUAAACGUUGCAAAAUUAACCCAUCUUCAAAUGAAAAUGUAUGGUGUAUUCACAGUCUGUAAAGUUCUGCUGAAUAAAGGUCUCACUUUGCAAAUGCAAUAGCAUUGCAUAGUAGGCCUUUAUUAUUUUUAUAGUCCCCAUUUUUGUGGGCGUUGUUGCGUAUUGAUAACUUUUUCGUUUAUAUCUUUGAAGGAAAACAAAGCAUUGAAUGGUUUAUAUGGGUAUAAGUAUGGCUUUUUUUUCAGGGUAAUAUUCAAUCAUGAAACAUUUUAAAGUGUAACAAGCCAAAAACCCUACAUCAUUUAAUCAAAUGAAAGCCCAUUUAUUGUUCUGGAGCACUUGACUACAAACGACAUAUUCCUUUCUGCUGUACAAACACUUUGCAAACCUAUAUUUCAUUCUGAUUUGUUUGUUUACACAUUGCAUUGUAUGAUGUGGCGUCAGGGUUUAAUCAUCUACGUGCCCCAUUAAUGCACAUCCAUCAGAUCAGAAAGUCUAAAGUGUCUGAAAUGCAGAAUUCUUACUUGAGGGCCCAUCAUAUGCUUUAAAAAAUGUGUCAUCAUGCAUAACCCAGUCAUGCAUCAAUGGCAGGUGGUUUGAAGGGAUGGUUGGGUGAACUGUCCAACACCUACAUCAAACCUUACAAGAUUACAAGGUGCUUUAUCUUAAUGAUAAAGUCGAGUCUAAUUGGAAAUCAAACCAUUGCGAGCGACCCUGCUUUCAGAUAGCAUAGCAGUCUAAUCUAUAUGAGAACUAUGAACUAGUGACAUGCUAAUCUAAUCAGAAUGUAGUAUCUACUUUCAGCUUGCACCUUUGCCUUCCUCUUUUUUCAAUACAAAUUAUCAGAAUUUUCAGAAUCAAAGGAAAAAUAAAAACAAAAGCAAACCAGCAUUUUACCUGACAUUUUUAAAAAGAUGAAAUGUAGUGCCUCAGAAAACCUGUAUUGCUCUUCUGAAUGUCAAAUACUAGUUAAUAGUUUAUAAUUGUUUGGUUUCUCAACUCCAGUAGCCUUUGCCCUCUGCCAGACUUUUCUUAUUAUAGCUGUUCAAUAACCACACACUAUAAACUGCAUGCUCUUCCCCAUAACCACCUAGUAAACUGUAAUAAACUUGACUAAAAACGAUCUAUGAAAACCCAGCUCUGCUAUCAAGUCUUCUUUAUUUAAAAUCCUCCAAGAAUCAACUUCUGUUUACUUUUUCUUGACAAAGUUCACUGUAAUACAUUUUACAGAUGGUCGUUGUUUUGGAACAUAAUAGCUGGAUUGGUUUAACUGGUCAUUAUCUGGUCCAAGCUGGUCAUUAACUGGUCAACCAGCCACCAUGUUCCAAAAACUAGCUUGACCACCUAGCUGAUAUGACCAGCUGGUAACUGGUUUGUUGUUGGUCUAAGAGGUCUGCCAACUUAGUAUAGCCUAAGGUGGAUUUUCUAGCAGAGAUAAUAAAGCCUUUCUAUUUAAGGUAUGAACCAGUAGUUUAUAAUCAUUUUUCAUAUACUAUAACAAGAAGCCAUCCACCCAUAUUUUUGGUUUUCCUGGUUAUUGCCCUGCUGUAAUCCGUAGGGGCCGUUCAAACCAAAAGUGUUCUUGCGGCAAAAAAUUAAUUAAUUAAUAAAUAGACGCAGUCCUCAAAUAGAGCAAAAUGCACAUUUGUUUACGUAAAAAAAAAACAGUGCGGAUGGACGCAAAAAUGCAUUCGGUGUGAACGGCCUUUUAGUAUCUCCAUUAUCUCCAUCGAUCGUGAAGGUCCAUAGUGUUUCCUGAUGUCAGGUGUUCAGUCUAUACGUUCCCACACUCAAGACAAUAUAUACUGAGCAGAACUGGCAGCGUCUUGCUGUUGGUGCAGUUCACCCCUGCUCUCACGCUCUGGAGUAAAAAAUGAAUGCAUUCAUGGUUCUUCAGCAUUGUUAAUCUCAAAAGGAUAAGAAUCAGCACAGUUGUUGUACAGUAUAUCCACUAUUCAGCACUACUGAGGGCAGAGGCCUUCUUUGAACUGUAGGAUAAGUCUUGAGAAGUUUGUAGCUCCCUGGACAAUCCUUCAAAUUAGGUGUUUUGCUUUGAGAUGACUGGUGGAAAUGGUUCAAGCAUCAGGAAAACCUUCCAGACUCCAAAAUACCCCACAAUCCUGAACUUAGUCUUAUCUAGGUCCAUCAAAAUCCAGGGCCAAAAAAUUUUAUUUCUAGGAAUUUAGGUCUUCUAGUCAAUAAUAUCCUUUAAAACAAACCAUGUACAGUGAAUGCAUUGUAUUAGGUGCCGUUCACACUAAACACGUUUUUGUGUCCACUCAGAGCUGUUUUUCAAUUGCUUUUCUAUUUAAACGUGUUAGACUGACGUCUUUCACUGCUGCGGCGCGUCUUGCGCAAAAGAGCUAAGUUUUUUAAACGGUGUGUCAUGUUAAAAAAUAACUUCAACUUUUAAAAACGUAUCGUGAGACAACUGCGUUUUUUGUUUGUUUUUUUUUUAUUCGUUGUGCUGAGUCUAGCUUUUUAGAGCAAGAACGUUUUAGGUAUGAAUGGCCUUGUAACAAAGUUCAAGGAAUGAGGAAGCGGGAGACGGCAAAUCCAACUCAAAGGUAAAUUUAUUACCAGCAAUUCAUCUCAGGUGAAACCCUUACGGCUUCCUCUCUCCCCAGAUGGACGCUCAACCAUGCCCUCGCUUCUACAGACCUCUUAAAAGAAAAGUAUACUUCGGUUUUCUGUGUGUUGCUACAUUUCGCGCACAGUGCACUUGAUGGAAAUUGCAUCAACAGCACAGUAUGGACAGACUUGUCCACAUGUAGCCUAGUUUUCUAGACAAGCAGACUGUCCUGGUCUUUGCAAAGUUUUUGCUUCCUUCAAUACUGCAUUUCAAUUGUUUUUCCAUUUAAACAUGCACUAAAUGGACAACCCUUACAAAAAUCGAGAGUUCUUGACAAAUUUGCCGCUGAUCAUUUUCACGUGCAAUUGAGCUUUGUGGCAAACUUGCGGCAAAUUGUCCAUUGUUGCCAAAUGUUUGCUGCAGGUUCACCACUAUCGGUGAAGAGCUGCAAACUUCUGGAAAACAUUUGCGGUGAAUCACAAGCUCAUUUGCAUGUGAAAAUAACGAGUUGCAAAUUUGUGGCUAGUUUGUCAGAACUCUAGAUUUUUUUGUAAAGGCAUUUUUGGCUGUUGCGCCACAUCUCGCUGUUUUUUUCACCGUUUCACGCAGGAGUGCUGUUUUUUUUAGACGGCGUGCCAAAAAACACUUUUUAAAAACAUCUCAGCACCUGCUUUCUUUUUGAUUUGUUGCGCUGUAUCUAGUAAUAACGCAUUUGGUCUUAACCCAAAGUAUACUUUUCCACGUGCUGUUACGUUUCGCACACAGUACAUGUGACGGAAAUUUCGUCAUGAACACAGUACCCGCAGACAGCCGGGUUUUUGCACUGAACACGUAUUGCAUCUGUUUUUCAAUUGUUUUUCCAUUUAAAUAUGCACUAGAUGAACAUCUUUGACUGUAGCGCCGCUUCCUGCUUUGUUUUCUGCGUCUUGCGCAGGAACACUGUUUUUAGAUGGCGUGUGCAGUUAAAAAGAACACCUGCGUUCUUUCCGUUUCUUUGGGCUUUGUCAAGCUUUUUUUCCGCAAGAACGCAUUCAGUCUAAACGGCCUCUUAAGGCCAAAGUAUACAUCGAUUUUCCACAUGCCGCUACAUAUUGACACAAAUUUCUGCAUCAGCAGAGUACGUGCGGACUGUCUGCGCUCAUCCUAGUUUUUUUAGACAUGUGAACAGUCCGUGUCUUAGCGCGACGUUGGCGCAUAUGAAAAGUAUCACAGUGUAGUCUUAGUAUGCAUGCAAGAAACGCAUCCAUAUGGAUUUGCAGUCAAAAGAGUAUACUUUGAAAGACUGAGUGCUCGAUGGAACAGCACGUGAAACGAAGUAUUACUCUGGCCUUGAGGGUGUCUCCUCUUUGUUUACUUUGGCUAUUUAAUGUCUUAAUGAGGUGUUUUUCAAAUUCUAAAACCACAGCAUUUUUUUUGGAAACAUACAUGUGUGUGAAUUGUGUACAGUCUGCCAGUCGAAGCGAACAGUGUUUGGCUAGACCCUUGUGAACAUGUCUGUUUCUUACCAUUCUCAAACCAGCACUAGCCCAAUCAUUGCCCUUAGCUGUAAAGAAGACAAUGCCGCUAAUUAGCUUGAACUAUCUCUGGCGCAGGAAUGACAUGGUCUGAAACUCUAGUGUGAUGUCACAAGAUCACUUCAACCAACUUUGCCACUCCAAAUCUUCAUUUCCAUUGUUCUCUUUUGUAUAUUUCAUACUACUCCAUCCCAAACUGAAGUAUCACCUUAUACAUACUUAACUUUUGGAUACAAUCUAAAAAAGAAAUCAAAUAAACCUUGUGCCUCUAAUGCAUUUACUGAAGAGAAAUGGUCCUUUUUAACACUUGUUGUAUUGGUACCAGCUCCAUAGUUGGACCUACUGCGUUUAAGCUGUGAAAGACUUUGUUUGCUUUCCUUUUCUUCAAUUUUGUUCGAAAUUACUUUGACUAGCUUAUUUCCUGUUUUUUGUUUCCUGACAUUUUUUCUAUAUGUGUAGUGCCCCUUUCUCUUGGAAUCAUUGGUGUGUGUUCACCUCCAUCCACUCAGUUAAUAAAAGCAAGAUGUGCAUUUCCUAUGCAACAACAAAUGAGAAGAAAAAAAACCCUCAAAAUAAAGAUGCUAAUGCUGUA